GCAGGCGCAGGUCCACCCCGCGCCCCGGUGCGCAAGCGCAGGUGGCCACUGCCGCGCCCUCCCGUACCGGCGCGCUACCUGCUUCUUCUGGGCGGAGGCUCCGAAGGCGAAAAACUUCCUUGCAGGGGUCGCCGAUAACUGAGACCAACCUGGAGAAAGCGGCAGAGACACCGCCGCCGCACACCUGUUUGCCUUUUUGGCUUUACUUGCGCUCGCAGUCACCCUGGGUCAAUCCGGGUGCGGGUCGCUUAGCUGGGGAAGGCCGAGGAGAGGCGGCGCCAGCGAGCCUGCGCGCUUACGGCGGCCAGAAGGGGCCAGAGGCGGUGCCGCCAGUGACAGACGCGAGCCCCACCUUUCCCACGUGGCCGCGAAGACAGGCUCAGGAGCAUCUGUUGGGUGCCUACAGCCCAUGAGGAAGGGAUGAAGAUGGCCACCAAGCGCAUCACCCAGGAGACCUUUGAUGCAGCUGUUCGUGAGAACAUCGAGGAGUUUGAGAUGGGGCCAGAGGAAGCAGUGACAGAGGCUGUGGAGCAGUUUGAAUCACAAGGGGUCGAACUGAGCAACAUUAUAAAGAUGGCACCCAAAAUCUCUGCAGAUGGACUUCAGGAGCCUAUACACGACAUCCUGCAGAUCCUGGAAGACCUGCGGAAGUCUGUGGCCUGCUAUUACCCCCAGGAGGUGUCAGCACAACUUACCCGCUUUUGUGAGCAAUGCAAGCAGCACAAGGCCUGCCGCUUUCUGGCAGCUCAGAAGGGUGCCUACCCCAUUCUACUUGCUGUCUGGAAGCUGGCUGCAACGGGUGACCAGGGACUUCUGCUCCAGGCUCUCAACGCCCUAUCAGCACUGAUCAAUGGCCAGCCCGACCUCUUGGACACUCAGGGCCUAAAGCUGCUGGUGGCCACUCUGGACCAGAAUGCCGAUGUGGCUGAUCUGAUUUGCUCUGGGAUCCGCUGCAUACGCCAUGCCUGCCUGAAACAUGAGCAGAAUCGGCAGAGUCUGGUGAAGGCUGGUGUGCUGCCCCUAUUAACUGGUGCCAUUGUCAGGCACAGCGGCUGUGCCGACGUGGUCAGGGAGGCCUCUUGGGCCCUCCGCAUCAUGACUUUUGAUGAUGACAUUCGUGUGCCCUUUGGCAACUCCCAUGACCACGCUAAGAUGAUCGUGCAGGAGAACGGAGGCUUGAAGGUGCUCAUUGAGGCUGCCAAAGCAUUCCAUGACAACCCCAGCGUCCUGAGUGAGCUCUGCAGCACUUUGUCCCAUCUGACUGUUCGCAACGAGUUCUGUCAAGAGGUCGUAGACCUCGGGGGCCUUGGCAUCCUGGUGGCCCUAUUGGCCAACUGCAACAACCAUCAGGACCUUGUGAAGCAAGUGCUGAGUGCCCUGAAGGCCAUUGCAGGCAAUGAUGAUGUGAAGGAUGCCAUUGUCCGUGCAGGUGGGACAGAGUCCAUUGUGGCUGCCAUGACCCGGCACCUGGCCAGCCCUCAGGUAUGCGAGCAGAGCUGUGCAGCCCUGUGUGUCCUGGCCCUGCGCAAGCCAGAGAACAGCCGGAUUAUUGUGGAGGGCGGUGGUGCUUUGGCUGCACUGGAGGCGAUGAAGGCACACCCGAAGGAGGUCGGUGUGCAGGUGGGUACGGAGGAAGUAGGAGAGGCAGAAGCCCGGCAUGCAGAAACAGGCCUGCAUGCUGAUCCGAAACCUAGUGGCCCGCAGCCAGGCCUUCUCACAGCUCAUCCUGGAUCUGGGGGCCGAAGCACUCAUUGUGCAGGCCCGUGUUGCUCACCAAGAUUGCGAGGACGUGGCCAAGGCAGCCCUGCGGGACCUGGGGUGCCGUGUAGAGCUCCGAGAGCUGUGGACCGGCCAGAAGGGCAACCUGGCACCAUGACCCAGCCUCCUUCUAGAUUGCGACUCUGGGUGAGUCGUGUGACUCAGGAAAUGGGGAGAUCCAUGUCCUGCCACUCUGCCUCCCACAUUCCUCCCCCAACUCAGUGAGAGCUGUUUCUGAUGGGUACCAGCUACAAGCUUGGGAGUGCAAAGGGAGCACUGCUAAGGCAUCUACACUGGGUCUUGUGCUCCCAUCACCAGCCAACAGUGUUGUUAUUACCCAUCCUGCCCACUCCCCCAAGCCCUUUCCUACCAGAAGGACCUUCAUUGCUUGGGGUGGAGGGCUAUCUGAAAUUUGGCAGACACACCGGCCAGUCUCAGAGUGGGGCAGGGAUCUUGCUCCUGCCUCUUCAAAUCCAUUCUUGCCUUGAUCCUGUUUUUCUCACCUGUAAAUGGGUCGAAGACACCUUGUUCUACUGGCAAGAGAGCAGGGACUGAGGCUGGUCCAUCUCUGGGGCCCCAGGCCAGCCAUUUCUGUGUGGUAAUAAAAAGACCUUGCUUGCCCUGGA